AUCCCAAAGGACCAGGAGCUACAAUACAUUCUGAAGUGGGUUAAUGAGUUCCCAAGUGCCUUCCCACAAUGGCUGUGGGGCAGCAAAGUGCGCGUCCUCGUCUAUGAUCCUGAAUACAUGAAGGCGAUUCUGGGGAGAUCAGAUCCAAAGGCUCAUAAUACAUACAGAAUUGUGGCUCCCUGGAUUGGGUACGGUUUGCUCCUGUUGAAUGGGGAGACAUGGUUCCAGCACCGCCGGAUGUUGACCCCAGCCUUCCACUAUGACAUCCUGAAGCCCUACGUGGGAAUCAUGGCUGACUCUGUCAGAGUGAUGCUGGACAAAUGGGAGCAGCUUAUUGGACAGAACUCCCUGGAGAUUUUUCAGCAUGUCUCUCUGAUGACCCUGGACACCAUCAUGAAGUGUGCCUUCAGCCACCAGGGCAGUGUCCAGCAGGAGAGGAAUUCCAAGUCCUACAUUCAGGCUGUUGGGGAUAUGAACUACCUAUUUUUAUCUCGUGCGAGGAAUGUCUUUCACCAGAACGACACCAUCUACAGACUGACCUCUGAUGGCCGCUUGUUCCACCAUGCCUGCCAGCUUGCCCAUGAGCACACAGAUCAAGUGAUCAGGCAAAGGAAGGCUCAGCUGCAGAAUGAGGGAGAGCUGGAGAAGAUCAGGCAGAAGAGGCACUUGGAUUUCUUGGACAUCCUUCUGUGUGCCAAA